UCGCCUUGACAUUCAUAAUUAGUGCGUUGAAAAUGUUUUUUGUGCUUGUGUUUAUAUCGGUUACCAUUUGGUUAGCGAUACUUUCAAUUUACCUAUUCAAAUAUAAACAUUUAAUAGAUGUCACUAAAAAUAUACCAAGCCCACCUGCCCUGCCAAUUAUUGGCCAUGGCCACUAUUUCAUUGGCAAAACCCCAGAUCAAUACAUAGUGCAAAUAAUGGAUUUUAUGGAGACUCAUGGGAGAACAAUAAAAAUUUGGUUAGGCCCAGAAUUAAAUAUGAUCAUGAGUGAUAUUAAGGACGUAGAGAUGAUUCUUAGUACAACGCGUUUCAAUGAUAAAGCUGGAGAGUAUAAAAUGUUGGAACCAUGGCUGCAGGAAGGAUUAUUAGUAAGUCGUGGCAGAAAAUGGCAUAAGAGGCGUAAAGUUAUAACUCCCGCUUUUCAUUUUAAAAUUCUUGAUCAAUUUAUUGAAGUUUUUGAUAAAGAAUCGCGUAUUUUAUUAAAGAAUUUAAAAAAGGAGUCCGAAAUGCAGACCAAGCAUGGAUUUGAUAUCUACAAUUGGAUUAAUUUGUGUACAUUGGACACAAUUUGUGAAUCUGCAAUGGGCGUUUCCAUUAACGCACAAACUAAUGCUGAUUCGGAAUAUGUAAGAGCUGUAAAAACGUGA